AUUGGAUUCAUUAUAAACUAGAGCACAUGCAACUCCAGAAGUGUUUGAGUCAAGUGCUCAACAGAGGCAGAGCUGACCUAUGGCCAACCAGAAUGGUUCCUCUCUGGAGUUCAGCUUCUUGUACUACCAAACCAUCACGCAGCAGAUAGAUUCGACAACAAUAAUAAAAUCAUCUGUUGUGCUGUCCACCACCCUGUUCUUCAUCUCCCUGAACCUCGUCAUGUUCCUUGCCAUACGAAGUAAACCCAGCUUCCGUGAGACUUCCCGUUAUCUUCUAUUCAGUCAGAUGCUCCUUGGUGACUCCUUCUAUCUGGGAUUCACCACAUUGCUCUACUCAUUUACCCUGACUAACAUCACCCUCAUGAAGGUCCUCUGCUCCAUGAUGAUCCUGGUAAGCAGCACAACUUUCCGCAUCUCCCCCCUGACGUUGGCUGUCAUGUGUCUGGAACGCUAUGUGGCCAUUUGUUUCCCACUCCGACACACUGACAUCGCCACCCCCAGGAGAACCAAUAUUGCCAUUGCAGUGGUCUGGUUCCUGGGCUCUGUGAACUCUGUGAUUGAUGUUAUUUUUUUAAUAGUUAGAGAUACCCAGUUCCUCACGAAACCCAUCUACUGCGGACGGGAGCAAAUUUUUCUGGCCAAGUGGCAGUUUGAUGUGUUCCAGAGCUUUAACGGUGUCUUUUUUGUUACCGUGGGGAUCACCGUCAUCAGCACCUACACAGGCAUCAUGAUUGCAGCCCGGUCCAUCAAGGCCAAAAAGGCCAGCAGGACGGUUCUCCUUCACCUGGUCCAGUUGGUCCUCUGCCUCUCCUCCUUCCUGUUCAGCAGCAUCGAGAGAGCCCUGUCUACAAUCAGCUCAGCCCUCUUUAUCCACCUGCGCUACCUGACGUUCUUUCUCCUCAUCCUCCUGCCCCGCUGCCUGAGCCCCCUCAUCUAUGGCCUGAGGGACGAAGGAGUUCGCCCCCUCUUCCUCUGCUACCUCUGUUGUGGUCACAGGAGGAUCACACCAGCUACAAAACAUUAACAAAGGCCUGUCAAAA